CACCAAAUAUUUUAUUGGCAACAAUCCAGACAGUUUGCAACAUUAAACAUUGUGCUCCCCUCAAAAUUCCCCAUCAUCGCCUGUAAAAGAUGUUGAAGGUGGACAAAUUUUUUCGUGUUAUCUUUAGAACGCUAUGAGUAUCUCAGCAAUGACGUUAAAAACAUAGAACGCCGAUACAAAACAGAAAAGAGACACAGUGCCCUCGCAGCCCAGAAGGCCAGCCGUACCCUGGGCUGCACCAAAAGAAGCGUGGCCAGCAGGGCGACGGAGGUGACCCUGCCCCUCAGCUCCACGCUGGAGAGGCCUCGCCAGGAGUACUGCGUCCAGAUGCGCAGCCUCAGGACAGGAGAGACGCGGACCUGCUGGAGCACGUCCAGAGGAGGGCCACAAAAAUGAUCCGAGGGAUCUCACCUCCCCUGUGGGAACAGGCUGAGAGAGCUGGGGCUGUUCAGCCUGCAGAAGAGAAGGAUCCGCGGAGACCCGAUAGCGGCCUUUGAGUCUCUAAAAAGGGGCUGUAAGAAAGAAGGGGACAGGGUCUUUAGCAGGGUCUCUGCUGAUUGGACAAGGGGAAGUGGGGGCAGGGUGGGGCUAAAGGGUGGGGCCGGGGCACCUGUAACAUCACAGGAGACAACUCAUAGUGAGGAGAUGGUAUCAAUGCCAUCAGCAGGCGGUGCUCCUGCACUUUGGCCCGGGCCAGCGACCAUGGAUUUGGCGUUUGUCCUCGCUUUCCUUCUGCACAAUGUGCGCUAUGGUGGUGAAGAGUUUGAGGCGGACACGUUCGUCCGCAUGCAGCAGCGCCAGCUGUUUCUGCAAGAGCAGAUGACACGGCAGCUGCAGGAGAUAGAGCGGCUGAGCCAGGAGCAGAGCGGGACUGACGUGCCAGCCCUGCUCUUUGCUGCCUUGCCAUCCUGGCAGUUUGGGGCCUUGGCUGCAGCGCUCGUCAUGCUCCUGGUGCUCAUCAGACUGCUCCGGAAGAUGAGACGUCUCCUGAACGUCAAAGCCGGAGGCGAGAAGGAGGAGGUUGCCACGGCAGAGGAGGAAGACCCCAGGGACGUCUCAUUCUCGAGCUGGCAACCCACGUGCAGGUCGGUGCAGGAGCUGGUGGACGAACUCCUCAGUGUCUGCCAGGCGUCUCCCAGGAGUGAUUUCAUGCUGCGGCUGCAGAUGUCGGAAGGGGUGAGCAAGGCCUCUGAAGACAACGGUGUCCGUGGUGGGAACACCUACGGCGUGUUCGUGCCCGUUAGGCCACCCCCGACACACAUCUUCCGCCUGGAAGAGGACCCUGAAGGGAAGAGUGGCGAGAAGGCCCUCCGCAUCCGCGUGCAGCUGAACUGCACGUGCCUUCGGGAGCAGCUGCUUGGAGACAUGCCGUGCUUCCUUCACAACCGUGCAAAGAAGCUGAAGACAGAGGAGAUGCCCAGCCUCCUAGACACCCUCUGCACCGACUCCUACCUUGACCGCCAGAAAACCGCAGCCUGGUUCCAGGAACUGGUGACAGAAGCCUGGAAAUACACGCCUCAGUCAUCCACAGUCCGGCUAGAGGUGCUGCCCUCCACCUACCUCUGCAAACUCAGGCUGACCACCGCCCCCUCCAGGGUCCUCGACAUUGAACUAAUACUCGGGCUUCCAUUAGAUGACGAGGACUCCUUCCUCAUCCUCGAGUAGGCGGAGGCUGUUGUUGGGAGCAGCAUG